AUGUCACAAGGUUCUGAGCAAUGGAAAUGGUCUGAAAUGCAAGGCAUUGAGCUACUUUCAUCUUCUCAAUCAACAACUCCAACACCAGCAUUGGAGUUAGAAAGAGUUGAAUCCAAGGAACAUGUGGAAGAGGAAAGUUCAUUACCCAACAACAAAAGCUGUGACUUUUCUGAUGGAAAUGAGAAGAUUAAGAAUGUUCCUUCUGUUGGAUUUGGUGAGCUUUUCAGAUUUGCUGAUGGGUUGGAUUAUAUUCUCAUGACAAUUGGAACUCUUGGAGCAAUUGUACAUGGUUGUUCAUUGCCACUUUUUCUUCGGUUCUUUGCUGAUCUUGUUAACUCUUUUGGUUCCAAUGCUGAUGAUUUGGACAAGAUGACCCAAGAAGUUGUCAAGUAUGCAUUUUACUUUCUGGUUGUUGGUGCUGCUAUUUGGGCAUCUUCAUGGGCAGAGAUAUCUUGUUGGAUGUGGACUGGUGAGAGACAAUCAACAAGGAUGAGAAUUAAGUAUCUUGAAGCUGCUUUGGAUCAAGAUAUUCAGUUCUUCGACACUGAAGUUCGAACUUCCGAUGUUGUUUUCGCCAUCAACACUGAUGCUGUUAUCGUACAAGAUGCAAUAAGUGAGAAGUUAGGUAAUUUUAUUCACUAUAUGGCUACAUUUGUUUCUGGAUUUGCUGUUGGUUUUAGUGCUGUUUGGCAAUUGGCAUUGGUUACACUUGCUGUUGUGCCUAUGAUAGCUGUAAUAGGAGGCAUUCAUACUACUACUUUGGCUAAGUUAUCUGGUAAAAGCCAAGAAGCUCUUUCUCAAGCUGGCAACAUUGUGGAACAGACUAUUGUUCAAAUUAGAGUGGUGUUAGCAUAUGUUGGAGAGACAAAAGCACUACAAGGCUAUUCAUCUACUCUGAGGGUUGCUCAAAAGAUCGGUUACCGGACUGGACUUGCAAAGGGGAUUGGAUUAGGCGCGACUUACUUUGUUGUUUUCUGCUGCUAUGCACUUUUGUUAUGGUACGGAGGCUAUUUGGUCAGGCAUCACUACACUAAUGGAGGACUUGCAAUUGCUACCAUGUUUGCUGUCAUGAUUGGUGGAUUGGCUUUAGGCCAGUCUGCACCAAGCAUGGCUGCAUUUACAAAGGCCAGAGUUGCUGCUGCAAAAAUUUUCCGUGUGAUUGAUCACAAGCCUUGUAUAGACAAGAAAAGUGAAUCAGGUUUGGAGUUAGAGACUGUGACAGGACUAGUAGAGCUUAAAAAUGUGAACUUUUCAUAUCCAUCAAGACCUGAAGUUCAAAUCCUUCACAAUUUCUCCUUGAAUGUUACUUCUGGAAAGACCAUAGCUUUGGUUGGAAGUAGUGGCUCCGGAAAAAGCACGGUUGUGUCCCUCAUUGAGAGAUUCUAUGACCCUUCUUCUGGAGAAGUUUUGAUAGAUGGACAUGAUGUUAAGACAUUGAAGCUUAAAUGGUUGAGACAACAAAUAGGACUUGUGAGCCAAGAGCCGGCUUUAUUUGCCACCACAAUUAAAGAAAAUAUACUGUUGGGUAGACCUGAUGCAGAUCAGGUAGAGAUCGAAGAAGCUGCUAGAGUAGCUAAUGCUCAUUCGUUCAUCUUCAAACUUCCUCAAGGUUAUGAAACACAGGUAGGGGAGAGAGGGUUGCAACUAUCAGGGGGGCAAAAGCAGAGAAUAGCGAUUGCAAGGGCAAUGUUGAAAAACCCGGCAAUUCUUCUCCUAGAUGAGGCAACGAGUGCAUUGGACUCUGAGUCAGAAAAACUUGUUCAAGAAGCUCUUGAUAGGUUCAUGAUUGGUAGAACAACUCUUGUAAUUGCGCACCGGCUAUCUACUAUUCGCAAAGCUGACCUUGUUGCAGUGCUUCAGCAAGGAAGUGUUUCUGAAAUUGGAUCUCACGACGAGCUCUUUGCGAAAGGGGAAAAUGGAGUUUAUGCCAAGCUUAUCAGAAUGCAGGAGAUGGCAAAUGAAAGUUCAACGAGCAAUGCCAGAAAAAGUAGUGCAAGGCCUUCAAGUGCUAGGAAUUCUGUAAGCUCACCGAUAAUUACUCGGAAUUCUUCUUAUGGCGGCCGAUCACCAUACUCGAGGAGGUUUUCUGAUUUCUCCACAUCUGAUUUUAAUCUCCCCCAUGAUGCAUCGUAUCCAAAUUACAAGCUUGAGAAGCUUGCGUUCAAAGAGCAAGUGAGUUCCUUCUGGCAACUUGUGAAAAUGAACUCACCUGAAUGGUUAUAUGCAUUGAUUGGUUCUAUAGGCUCUAUUGUUUGCGGAUCUCUUAGUGCAUUCUUUGCUUAUGUUCUCAGUACUGUCCUCAGUGUCUAUUACAAUCCAAACCAUAAGCACAUGAUUAGAGAAAUCGAAAAAUAUUGCUACUUGCUGAUUGGACUUUCGUCGGCUGCACUUUUAUUCAAUACAUUGCAGCACUUCUUCUGGGAUAUUGUCGGUGAAAAUCUUACUAAACGGGUGAGGGAGAAAAUGUUGAGUGCGGUACUUAAAAAUGAAAUGGCGUGGUUUGAUCGAGAGGAAAAUGAGAGUGCUAGGAUUGCAGCAAGGCUAGCGCUUGAUGCCAACAAUGUUAGAUCUGCUAUUGGAGAUCGGAUUUCGGUAAUUGUGCAGAACACUGCACUUAUGCUUGUUGCUUGUACUGCAGGGUUUGUAUUGCAGUGGCGGCUUGCCCUUGUUCUCGUUGCUGUCUUCCCGGUUGUUGUCGCAGCCACUGUCUUACAGAAAAUGUUCAUGUCGGGUUUCUCUGGCGACUUGGAAGCUGCUCAUGCCAAGGCCACGCAACUUGCCGGGGAGGCUAUAGCCAAUGGACAAAUUUCUGGAAUUGGUUAUGGGAUAGCUCAGUUUGCACUCUAUGCUUCCUAUGCUCUUGGUCUUUGGUAUGCUUCUUGGCUUGUGAAGCACAGUAUCUCUGAUUUCUCUAAAACAAUCCGAGUAUUUAUGGUCCUCAUGGUCUCUGCUAAUGGUGCUGCCGAAACUUUAACCUUGGCUCCUGACUUCAUCAAGGGAGGUCGAGCUAUGAGAUCGGUUUUUGAUCUCCUAGACCGUAGAACUGAAAUUGAGCCAGAUGAUCCAGAUGCCGCGCAUGUCCCCGAAUCUCUUCACGGUGAAGUAGAACUCAAGCAUGUUGACUUUUCCUAUCCCAGCCGACCAGAUAUGCCAGUUUUCCGCGACCUUAGUCUUCGUGCAAAGGCAGGCAAAACUCUUGCCCUUGUAGGCCCUAGUGGAUGUGGUAAGAGCUCGGUUAUCGCACUUAUACAAAGAUUCUAUGAUCCAACAUCCGGCCGAGUCAUGAUCGAUGGAAAGGACAUAAGGAAAUACAAUCUCAAGUCCCUUAGAAAACACAUUGCAAUAGUGCCCCAAGAGCCGUGCUUAUUUGCUACAACUAUCUACGAAAACAUUGCUUAUGGACACGACUCAGCUUCCGAAGGCGAGAUUAUCGAAGCCGCGACUCUCGCCAAUGCUCACAAGUUCAUAUCUUCUCUCCCCGACGGAUACAACACAUUUGUUGGCGAACGAGGAGUUCAACUAUCUGGAGGACAGAAGCAAAGAAUAGCAAUUGCGCGAGCUUUUGUACGGAAAGCAGACCUUAUGCUUCUUGAUGAAGCAACAAGUGCACUUGAUGCUGAAUCCGAACGGUCUGUUCAAGAAGCCCUCGACCGCGCCUGCUCGGGUAAAACUACCAUCAUUGUUGCACACAAGCUAUCAACUAUUAGGAAUGCCAAUCUCAUUGCAGUGAUUGAUGAUGGGAAACUUGAGGAACAAGGAUCACAUUCUCAUUUGUUGAAAAAUCACCCGGACGGAAUCUAUGCGCGCAUGAUUCAACUGCAAAGCUUGACGAAUAGCCAAGUCGUUGGGAUCACAUCGAGUUCAGGCUCUUCAGCAAGAACAAGAGAUGAUGAAGUUGAAUGCUAG